AUGCCUCCUCCCACUUCUUCUCUGAAACCUACAGCAGCCAAGACCAACGGUUCUUCAGCUCCAGCCGCAGCUCCAGCCAAACCAACCGGCGGUAAAUCCACUACUUCCACUGCUGGACAUCUGUCCAAACCUGAUCAAAGUAAAUACAAUGCAGAGCAGGAGGAGUUGAACAAGCAGAUCGCAGAGGUCAAGACGAAACUUGAUGCUAUUCGAUCUCGAAUCUCGCUCACCCAAGCUCCUCAAGGUGGUGAUCGUCGAUCAGAGAUCAAAGCAGAGAUGGAUUCCUUGAGAUCCGAACAAGCUAAAUUCAAAGGUGAUAGAAAUAAGUUAUUCGACGAGAUGAAGAAAUACCAAGAAUCCCUAGCUAAGAAGAUCAAAGAGGUUCAAGGUCAGAAAGGUAAAGUUAGUUAUAGGACUACAGGGGAGAUUGAUGAUAGGAUUGCCUCCCUUGAAAAACAAAUUGAAUCUGGUUCACUCAAAUUAGUAGAUGAGAAAAAAGCCCUCGCUGAAAUAACCUCUUUGAGAAGAUCACGAAAAGUGUUAGAAUCCACUGGGUCAGUCGACGAUGCCAUCGCAGCUGAUAAAGCCAAGAUUGACAAAUUGAAAAAACAAUUGGAUGAUCCUGAAGCCAAGAAGGUGAAUGAACGAUUCGAUGCGCUCAAAAAGGAGAUGGAUUCCCUUAGAGCUGAGGGAGAUAAGGCUUAUGAGGAGAGGGGGAAAUUGUUUGAUGAGAGGAAUAAGUUGAGUAAGGAUAUGGAUGAGCUGUACGAAAAGAAGCGUCAAUCUGCGCAAGCUCACCGAGAAGCUAACGAUAAGUACUACGCCAAAGUCCAAGCUGAUCGACAAGCCCGUCAAGAACGAUUCAAAGCUGAGAAAGCCAAAGAAGAUGCUGCUAGGCGAAACGAGGAGAUUGCUCGAUUGAGGGAAGAAGCCAAAGCACCGGCAUUCACAUCUGAGAUUGACGAUUGUCAAGUAUUGAUCGGUUGGUUCAAAGGAAAAUACGGCUCCGGGGAAGUACCUUCUACUCAUGCUGGAUCUAACACCAGCGAAGAGAAAGUAUUAGAAGGAGUCAAAGCGUUGGAAAUUCGAAAGGUAGAUUCGGAAGAUGCUUUCAAAGGAAUGACAUUGAAGAAGAAAGGUGAUGAAGAGGAAUUAGGUGGAUUUUUCGGUGGUGGAGGAAAAUCCAAGAAGAACAAGAAAGGUGGUAACAACAGUAAAAAAUCCGGUACUGCCACUCCUGCUUCUGAAGGCACUUCCACUCCUACUUCCGGUGCUGGUGCAGUGAACCUCCCUAUGAGUUUACUCAGUGCGCUGUUGAGUUUGGGUAUCCCCCCUCCAUCUGGUAAAGAUGAUGUACAAAGGACUGUAGAUGAUCUGGAGACUAAGAAGGCUUGGUUCGAAGCUAACUCUGCUGCUAAGACUAAGGCUGAAAUUGAGAGAGUAGAGAAAUUAGUAGCUAAAUUACAGAAGAAGAAUGCCGGUGUUCUCAACGAUGACGACGAAGAAGAGAAAGCUGCUACUUCAGGUGAUGAAAUUCCCGUUGAAAAAGGCGGUUCGAAAGAACCUUUACACACUGUCGCUGUUGCUGGUGAAGCUACUGGUACUGAGAUUGUAGAGGAUGAGGGUGAACAGCUUCCCACAAACGAAGAUGGCAAUGACCCAGAAGUGAAAAAAGUUGAUUCGGCUUUAGAAGAGCUCAAGGAAGCUGAAGCUUUACAAGAAGCUUAG